CAACCGCAUCGCAUGCACGUCUAUGCGACAAAGCACAACACCCACAUCACCUUCACCCAACCUCCGAGAAAAGAUCCCGCAAACCCUGGCAAGCAAGUCGACGUUCUCAUGUCCCUCUCCGCUGGUAACAUUGGUUUCAAGAAGGCCGGUCGCGGCAGUUAUGAUGCUGGUUAUCAACUCGCUGCUUUCGUCCUGAAGCAAAUUCAAGAACGUGGUCUUCUGCGCGACCUGCACAGUCUGGAAGUUGUGCUGCGUGGUUUCGGAAAGGGAAGAGAGGCUGUCACAAAGGCCCUUCUGGGUUCAGAGGGCUACUUGGUCAGAAAUAAGAUCAGCUCGGUCAAGGAUGCAACCAGACUGAAGUUUGGUGGUUCGAGAAGUCCCAAGCCCAGAAGAUUGGGUUGA